AAUAGGUAGAAAAUAAAUAGUAAUAUUAUUAAAAUUAGAUUAUUUCAUUAGAUAAUACUAUGAUUGUAUAUUUGUUAUAUUAUGCAACCGAUUAUAAUUGUGUUUUAUUUUUAAAGCGUUUGGGACAUUUUAUUAGAUUAUUACAUGACGUAAUUUUAGAAUUAUUUAUUAUGUUUAUAUUCGAUACGUAUACGCGUACACACUACACAGUGUAUACUGAAUAAGAAAUCAGUGUAUUUGAGUGUCGUGUACUCGUGUGCGUCAACGUUAAUUCGUCGUGUGUUCUUCAAAAACAUUGUUUUUGUUUGAUUUAUAUUACUUAUAUCUAAUUCUAAUAUGAGUAAAGACAGUAGAAAAGUGAGAAAAAUUGAUUAGUUUUUUGAACCAAGUUCAUAUGCAAUAAAGGCAGAGACAGAAACCACAACAAAUGAAAAACUUAAAGUCGAUAAUGCAACAGAAAAUGAAGAAUGGGAAGUACAAAGCAAUUAUGACAGUAGUGUUGGUACUGAUGAUCAUUCAUCAGAUUCAGAUGAUUGUCAACAGUUAAACGAUCUACAAGAAAUAAAAAACCUUGAUCCAGAACACUUAUAUCAAAAACAGAUGAGACAAAAGACACCAGCAAAACUGAGCAGUUAUCUAUUAUGGUUCGUUAUUAUCAUAAUAAUACUAUGAAUGAAAGAUUUUUAGGCAUUUGGAUCACAAAAUAGAUCUUUUUGUUCCAAAUAUUUCAAGGAGUAUAACUGGCUUGAAUAUAGCAUAGAGAAAGAUGCUAUUUUUUGAUUUCCUUGCAGAAUGUUUUCAACAAGUUCUGGUCAUGUAGAAGAUGUUUUCAAAACAACAGGUUUCAAUAAUUGGUAAAAGGCAAGCUUAACCAUUUUAAAUACACUGAUUUACAUUAAUAGAUCAUAAUUGUUUAAUAUUAUCUUUAAAAUGUAUUAUAUAAUAAUAUGUACCUAUUUCUAUUAUUAUAGUUGAGUGGAACUAGAGAUUCAAAAACAGGAAAAACAAAAUUUAAAUUGCAUGAAAUUUCUCACCACCACUUGACUGCCAUUUUAAGCUGACCAUCUUAUAAAAACUCAGAAAAAAAUGGUGAUGUUAUAUUGUUAUAGCAAAGAUGUCUACUGCUCUUCAAAAAGAAAUACAAACAAAUAAAAUGUACAUUAAAUGUUUAAUUGAUAUUGUUUUAUAUCUUGGCAGACAAGGUAUAGCGUUUAGAGGACACCGUGAAGAUGAGACAUCAGUUAAUAAGGGUAAUUUUAAAGAAAGUGUGAAUUUUUAUCAAAACAUAAACCAGAGUUUUGCAAUGUAUAUAAAAAUACCUUAUUGAACCAUACAAGUUGGAGUAUACAAAAUGAACUGAUACAGACGUAUGCUGCAAAUGUUAAAUCUACCAUUAUACAAAAAAUUAUAGAUUGUGGAAUGUUCAGUAUCUCGUGUGAUGAGGCUCGGUCUCACAAACAAAAGCAAUUAAGUAUUUGCGUAAGAUAUCCCCAUAGAAUGAACAUCUGUGAACGAUUUUUAGGAUUUGUUGACGUAUCAGAAAAGACAGGCAUAUAUGGAGCAAAUGUCAUGUCAAGUCACAUAGGAGGUGUUCAAGCAAAAUUGAAAAUAGUUCACCCUCCAGCCCAAUGUGCAGUGUAUGUACAAUGUACAUUGUAUGGCACAUAAGAUUAAUUUAGUAGUUAUUGAUAUGUGCAAGCACUUAAAGGAUGCUAGAAACUUAUUUAAUGCUUUGGAGGCACUCUAUGUUCAUUUCUCUCAUCCAACAAGAAAUGUGAAGCUUACUGAUUUACAACUUAAAUUGAAUAUGAAAAAGACAACACUCUCUCAGUUAAGUGACACUCGUUGGAUUUGCCGCUAUAAAAGCUGUGGAGCAGUGAUAAACAAUUUUAAUGCCAUAGCUCAAGUUUUAAAUGAUGAAAUUGAUGAUCAACAAAGUAAAUGUGUUGCCCAAGCAAUUGCCUAUUUAUUCAUUCUUCAUGAUAUUCUAAAAGUUGUUAAUAUAUUAAGUAUUCAACUUCAGUCAAAAUCAGCAACACUUGGAAAUUCUGCAAAUUUAAUAGAAGGAGUAAUUGAUACAUUACAAAGUUAUCGUUCUUCUAUUCACUAAAGUGAACUGUGGGAAAAAAUGGUUGUAUUUUCAAAAGACAAUGAAAUUGAAAUUAAUGUUCCUUUUCAAGGUGGCUUUAAAAGACAGAGAAGGGAGUCCACUAAUCUAAAAAAUUUGUGGUUAUGUCAUCAACUUCCGCUGAAAAUAAUCACCAAAGUGAUAAUACAAGUACCACUACAUUAGAACCAAAAGAAUAUUUGAAGAUACAUGCUUUUUAUUCAGUAAUAGAUACAAUAAUAUGUCAAAUGAAAGAAAGAUUUUUUGAAGAAAGCAUUCAAAUUGCGACGUGUGUAGAUAACUUGUUAAAAUUAGACUUUGAGGGAUCAUUAUUACUUAUAACUCAAUACAAGAAUUUGUUUGAAGUCAUCCCUAAUGAUUUGAAAUGUGAGAUGACUGUUUUUAAAAAUAUGAUAAAAGGAGUUCCUAACUAUUUAACCAUAAAAAAAAAAAUAUCUGAAGAUAUGUUUCCAAAUCUUUUUAAAAUUAUUCAAUUGGCUAUCACUCUUCGGGUCAGUUCGGCUACUUGCGAACGGUCAUUUUCUGUAAUGAGAAGAAUUAAUAAUUAUCUCAGGUCUACUAUGUCACAGGAAUGGUUUUCGAAAUUGGCAAUACUUAAUAUUGAGAGAGAUAUUAUUGUUGACACCGAAAUUAUUUAAAAUACAUUUGCUAAAAAAAAAUAUAAAAAUAAGAAUAUAAAAUGUAGAAAACUAUAUUAAAUCUGUUAUCUAUACUUAAAAGUGAAUUAUUGUUUUAUUAUUUAUUUUUAAAUUUUAAUUGCCUUCCAAUUAUUACAUUUUUUAUAGAGGGUAAAGGGUGGAAAAAAAGCUUCUGAGAGGCAGUGGUUGAAAAAUUUAUGUGAGGGGCUGAAGCCCCUCCCAAUUUUUUUACUCUAAUUGCACCUAUGGGUGUUACAUAUUAAAUAAUGUUUAUAUAUAUAUGGUGGGGGGAUUGUCCUACCAUA